GAAAUCCUCUGCACUAGACAGAGAAACCGAAAUAAAGCAAGUCUACUAAGAUAUGACUGAUCUGUGAUCAUUUGACAAGCACAGAAUUCAUCCUUGUUUAUUUGUCAACUUGGUAACCUGAAGGAACUGUGUGCAGUGAAUGAGCGCUCGAGGGCAGACGGGUGAAAUGGUUCAAACAAAGGAUGGCCCUGAGGACGGGUCUCUGGGGAAAACGGAGACUCUGCCGCCUGAAGUAUCCAGUCCCGAGGCCAUUCAGCGCCUGUGGAUUGAAAACCAGGACUUGAGAGUGGCCUUGGAACAGAGUAAUGCAAUGUUGCGGAAAAGUCACAGCGAGAUGGUUGAGAUUCAGACUGCGCAGAGACAGGAGAGAACGUUCAUUGCGUACAAGUUCAGCGAGGCCAAAAACCUUGUACAGAGAAUGACAAAGGAGCGGGAUUCUCUGCACGCCCAACUCGCAGCAGCCAAAAAGCCGCUAGCUGAGGUGACAUCUAGGGAUGGGCAAACUGCAACAAAUGACAGAGCUGCCACAGAGGAACCGGUUUGUCCCUACAGUGCUCAGAAGAAAGGCUUCGAAGAGGCUAACAGCCCUGGGAGCUCUCUGUCCUACUGUGAAACGCUAACCCCCAGUAUGUGUGAAGUCAUCAGAGAGUCAGCACGACAUCACCAGGGGCCACCCCGAGCUGAGCAGGUGAGAGCUCCCAUCUUUUACGAUGAUAUCAUAAUGGAAAGUGAAAGGAAUCGACUUCUUGAGUCACCAGCUACAGACUUGGUCAGGAUUCGGGAGGAACGCGCCUUCCGGAAGGCAGUUACAGAAAUAGAAGUCCUGCAAGGUCAAGAUGAAAGGAGUACAGAAAGGGAGCAGGAUCUGCAAAAGAAGCUCCAGGAGGCAGAGAGUCGGAAUGCACAGCUGCAGGAAAAGAUUACUGCGCUGCAGCUGGAGGUGUCAAACUUGAAAGACCAGCUGAAAGACAAAGGGGUCGAAGCUCAAAGACAGCUCCAGCUACUGGCUGAGGAAAAGGCUUCUGUCAAGGCUCAGGUGACCUCUUUACUUGGAGAGUUAAAGGAGAGUCAGAUGAGCCUGGAGACCUCUCAGAUGGAGAAGAGGAAGGUGCAAGAAAGCCUGCGGACAUUGAAAGAUCAGCACCGAGAGUGGGAGUUGCAGAUGAAGCAGCAUGUGAUACAGAUGGACCAGAAGAGGAUGCAGGUGCAGAAUCUGGAGACAGCACUGAAAGUGGAGCGGCAGAAUGCCAGUGAGGAGAUGAGAAAGCUGGCCCAACUUCAGGCUGCAUAUCACAAGCUAUUUCAAGAAUACGAUGCACACAUCAAGAAUGGCCUUCACCAAGAAAAACUCAUGAAGGGCAUGGACCUUCAGCUGCAAGAACUAAAGCAACAGCUGCAGGAGGCAGAAGAGGCUUUAGUAGCCAAACAAGAACUCAUAGACAAACUAAAGAUUGAAACGGAUGAGCAGAAGAGCCUGAAAGAGACAAUUGUCCUGCUCAGAGCCCAGGCAGAUAUUUAUUGUGCAGAUUUCCAGGCAGAGCGGCAGGCAAGGGAACGGCUCCAUGCAGAAAAGGAGCAGCUGCAGGAACAACUGGAUGAACUAAAGAGAGAAUGGACUAGGAUGGAAGAGAUGAAGAACAGGCAUGCUGAAAGUGUACGACCAAACCAACCAUCAAUCUACCCUCUGCCAUACUCUGUUCCAACUGCUUCCUUUCAUACUAUGGUAGAACCUCAGGAGUAUCGGUGCCCCAAGUGUCAGUACAAAGCCCCAGAUAUGGACACGCUGCAGAUUCAUGUCAUGGAUUGCAUACAGUAGCCCCUUGACACUAAGGACUGCUCAGCCUGCUGCCUCAGGCUCCAUACACAUCAGUGUGCAAAAGGCUGCAGAUCACAGCACCCCCUGGAAAUGGACAGCUGGAUUCUAAGAAGGUCUUUUAACUGCUUAUUGUGAACGCAGUGAACCGCAGCACGAUUUGUAUUCGUUUUAUCACAGUGCAGUCUCGGUAUUACAUUGUGUAAGAUUCCUUGGCCUGUAUGUGAUG